AUGGCGGCAGCCGCUUUUCAAGCCGCCGGCACUAUCGCCAAAAUCGCCAUCAGUUUCAUCGAAAAGGACCGGGCAGACUCAGCCGCCCAAGAUCGCCAAAACCAGAUCAUGGGCGCGCUAAACGGCAUACAAAAUACUCUCCAGUCCAUGCAGGUUCAACAGGAGAACCUGGCGGAUAUCGGGAUGCUCUACUCUUCUCUCACAUUAAUUGAGGCCUGGAAAAAUGAGUAUCCCACUGCAGUCCAGAACCGUGAUACCGACCAGAUUAACAGCUAUCUCCAAGCCUUCAACAUCAAGGGUGAAGGAGGUGCUGGGUAUAUUGUCCAGAAUAUCUUCAGUGUUUUAACAGGGCAGGGGCAAACCACUCCUGGACAGUCUGGAGCAACCCCUCUAGUUCAAGUAUGGCAUGAUCAAAGCUAUGACAAGAUGUACACUCCAGAUACCAAUGGACAGUUUACAUUUACUCUUAAGAACUACCUGGAUGACUUGGACCAGGUCCUCGGGUGGGUGCUCGGCGAGGCGGGGUUUGCUUUAAUAUGUCAGAUAAUCGCCUUACAAGACCUUGCGCAUAAGACUACAGCCCCCGAGGAGAUCGAAAAUGAAGUUGAGCAGAUUACGAACCAAUUCACUGCCAACGCAAACGAUCUCAACUACCAGGACGAAGGGUCGAACCUGACGAAUUGGUUCAGGAUGUGGCGUACCAAUUCACACGUCAAGAACUAUAACCCUAUAGCAGGUGGGCCGAACCCAUUGGUGGGCAUUGGUGACCCUAGACUAGGGGAACCAACUCCACUCGAAUUAAUUAAAGGUUACGCACCUAGGCUAGUCUUCGAUGUCUACCCUGCGGCAUGUGACGAAGCGGAAGGUAUCUACCCUGAGGUAGAGUUCAGAUUUGACGAGACAGACCACCCGUUGAAGGGUCUUGCCACAAUUUACUCCCGAGCUGGUGGUCUCCCUCUUCUCAUGUACAACGUUGAAGGGCGGCAAGGCUUGACGACGACAACGGAUCCAAAUGCAACAGCUGCACCGGCCUAUUUCAGCCAAGUUUCACCGAUUUCCUUUAAUGUAUUGCCCGUGAGCACGCAGUAUUCACAGACUGAUGCUCCUGCAUUCGUCCUUGUAUUGAGUCAAGGUAUUGACACUCGGGGAUGGGCUUGGGAUGUCGGAAGCGCUUCACCUCUGGCGUACUGGAUCUUGCGCGACGAUGGAGCUCUGCAGACUACAUGGGUGAGAACAUUGGGUAGCCCGGCGGUGCCACCUGGCCAGCAGUCAUCAGCGGCGACUGGACCUAAUCCUGUAGAUAACGGGCAGCACCCAUCGCAUUGGUUGGUAGAUAACUGA